AAUUAGCAGCCAGUCAGUAAGUAGUGUUGUUCAGUGAAGAAAAAAAAGUAAGUUGAUCAGUGAAUGUUUUUGCAGGAAAAAGUGGUGAAAUUUUCCAUAAAUAGUCCAAAAAACUGUUGAGAAGGUCACUUCUAACUGCAAAAGCUCGAAUUCAACAUCAUUGAAAUGAAUAAUCAACACUUGCAAUUCAUAAUACUCAAAGCCAACAUGUUACUAGGAGAAAGACUACGCUAAAAAAAGUCACUGGAUAGCUAUACCGAAUAUUGUUAUUUCGUCCUACGUCAACCACACCGAGUACCAUAUUGAUAUUUAGAAUUCGUUCUCUUGCUCCAAUAAAAUGGAGCAUGGCAAAGCAACUGACUGUAGCAGUACCACACCAACAAAGCCGGAAUCAGUGACACUUCAACUGGGUGCAGCACAGAAAACAGAUGACAAUCUCAGCAUAAAAUCGUCCGAUUCGGUAACAACCAGCGGUGAAUACGAAAUCGUCCCGGAGGCUACAUCACUUGCAGACGUGGUUGACGGAACUGGUUCGAUCUUGAACUUAGUCAAAGAUCAAAUUCAGCAGGGUUCAAAACAGUUUGGCGAUUUGAACCUGACGGAUUGUUUUGAAGAAGACGAGGUGGUGGUGAACUUGAUUGCCUCUGUUCCGGCAAAAAUUGAGCCUAUUUCACCCAUUCUGAACAUCGAAGGGAACGGGAACGUGCUAGAUCUGGAAAAGAACAUGGAUGAGGUCAUUCACGAGCUGGACGAAGAGCGCACGCUUAGUGCCAGCGAUGACGAUCCUGGGAGUGCCAACAAAACUCCAGUAAAAUGCACCAGCAGCGGUACCGAUCCGAAGCCACCACUAUCCCAGCUAUCCCUAAGAGGAUUAAAACUGCGCCCUCCGAAAGACACUGUCGUAAAAUCUCCAAAUCUACAGUCCCCGGAAAAUCGGGUAGGACAAUCGGUCUUCUACGACUGUCUCGAUUCUAGCCCGAUGACGGAGAAAAAAGAUACCAUGAAACCGGAUCACUAUCCGGCCGAAACGGAUGACGAUGAACUGUCCGAUAUCGAUCAGGAGUGUACUAUUUUCAGUGGAGUUUCCUACCUGGGAGCAACGGGGAUCAAGAUUCCGAAAUCCGAGAAGGAAAUCCUGCAAAAGGUAGCAGAAAUGCACGCAACUUCGAGUGUAACACCGUUGGGCAUGAAGAUUUCAGUUAGCAUUCCGACCUGCUCAGAGGGGUUGGUGGUGUUAUACGAUGGGGAAACGAACGCUGUCGUUGCUACCUACGAGGUUCAACGUAUUUUAUUCUUCGCGCGUGGUCCCGCCGGCACGCCGACACAGGCCUGCUUUGCAUUCACGUGGUCCCACGGAGAAUCACAGGAAACUGCCAGUCAUCAGUGCCAUGUCUUCAGAUGUAACAUCCCGGAGGCGGUGACCCAAGUCAGCGCUUGCUUUGCGAAGGCCUUCCAACGUGUGCUGCCACCGAGCGUUCCAGGAAGUAUGACAACCUCGCUGGCCGAUUGCAGUCUGAACCCGAUGGUAGCGUCCAUAACCUCGGAUAGUGCCGGCAAUCCGAUCCAAUCGGCGAUGUACGAAUUCAAUGUUUCGCUGGAAAUCAAGGAGAAGGAAAAAAGUGGCUACACGACAGUGCCCAGAGACGCAAAAUCCAGCUUUCGUCUCAGGUGCAACACAGACAAAGAAGUAUGCAUCGUAGUAAAACAGGUCCCGUCGGAGCUGUAUCCUUCGCUGUUCAUCGAGCGAUGCUUUGGAGUGCUUCUGAGUCCGGGAAAAAUUGUUCGGCAAGCCGAUAUGCAACUCUUGGAUAUGGUCAACAUGGGAUACGUCAAACCGGAAUCGACAUUGGUUCAGUCAAAUCCAAUGACCGCUUCGAUAACGUCACUGUCGGCAGCUUCGACCAUCUCACAGUUACCGUAUCAAAUUCGAGCAGAAUGGAAAGCGAACGAUAAAGCAUUCGAGCAGCUUAACACUGAAACACAGAAAAAAUCUUUAACCGUUGCAGUCGAUCUAGUCAUCAAAGGUAUCCAGGAACCGGUGCGAUUCGUAAUUGAAACAUCUGUUAUGAUACUGUCGCAAAGCGAACUACGGAUAAUGCAAAAUCUGUUCACUAACAAACGACUGCUGGUGAUGCAGUACUAUCUGACACUACGGGAAAGUGGUGAGGGUAGCUGGGAGGUUGAAUCCAUUGAUCAUUCCGACGAAAUUGUCGAUCAAAUGGCCCCCGCAUCGCUAUCGCUAAAUCUAAACUUUAAAACUUGGACCUUCAAAACGUCCGCCAGUGUGCAAUCGAUGGAGUUUGACGAUUCCAGUCCAGACUACAGCUCCGACGGUGACGAACCGCUGCUCAGUGGCACCGGCGAGGUCUCGAGAGAGUGCCCCAGUGCUUUGCUGGAUGAUUGGAACGAAAUACUGGUCGAGUGGGAUCGGGACAACUUGGACAAGCGUCCUCGGAAUCUGGCGAGUCUGGUUCGAUGUGGUAUACCGGAUAUUCUUCGGGGAGCCAUCUGGCAAAAGUUGGCCAAUGUCGAGAACAAAACGGAGAUGACAGACUCGUACCGGGUGUUGAUCACCAAAGAGACCAGCUGUGAGAAUGUGAUUCAACGGGAUAUCAACAGAACGUUUCCGGCACACAAGUUCUUCAAGGAGAGCGGUGGGAUAGGUCAGGACAGUCUGUAUAAGGUAUCGAAGGCGUAUGCGGUGUAUGACACUGAGGUCGGUUACUGUCAGGGGUUAAGCUUCAUUGCGGCCAGUUUGCUGCUUCAUAUGCCCGAGGAGGAAGCUUUCUGUGUGCUAGUCGCUCUGAUGUACAACUACGGCCUGCGUGAUAUGUACAAACUGGGCUUCGAAUCACUCUACCUUCGACUGUACCAGCUGAAUCGUCUCAUGAAGGAUCAGCUACCGGAUCUGUAUGAACAUUUCUACAACACCGGGAUCGAGUCGCACAUGUUCGCCAGCCAGUGGUUUCUGACGCUGUUCACCGCCCGCUUCCCGCUGUAUUUUGUGUUCUACAUUUUGGAUGUGUUCCUGUUGGAUGGGAUUACGGUACUCUUCCAGGUGGCUUUGACACUGCUUUCGGCUUGCAAGAAAGAUUUACUCGAGCUAGAUUUUGAGGGGAUUUUGAAGUAUUUCCGCGUAUCACUGCCCAAAAAGUGUAGGAGCGACAAUCAAGCCAAGAGGCUGAUGAAGUUGUCGUUUGAGUGCAAGGUGAAGAAGUUGAAAAAGUACGAAUUGGAGUACUUGGCCAAGAAGGAGGAAAGUGAACGCAAAGAGCGAGAAAUGAAACAGUAUGAGCUGAAGUUUAACGAGGAGAGAAUAAAAAUGAAGCAAGAGAUUGUGGCGUUAAAUGCGAAACUGGAAACCAUGACCAGGGAUGAGAAAAAGAACAGCGGAAUCAUUGUGGACUAUAAGCAGAUCAUACAAAGGCAAGAGCAUGAAAACAACAAGCUUCAUCAGAUGUUGGAGGAUUUGACGAAAACUGUGUCUCUCUGUUCGAAAUGUUCAUCCAGCAUACCGAAAUCGUCGCCGUUGCAUAAAAGUUAUGGCAAAAACUUACAAAAUUCGAAUAAUGAGAAUAACAAUGACCAAACCAUCCACCAGGAGAAUAAUCUUGGCCCACUAGAUCCGCUGCUAAUCGCGACACAGCGGAUACGAGAGCUGGAGUUGGAACUAGCUCAAACUAAAUUGGCGCAGGUUGAAGCAGAAUGCAAAAACCAGGACCUCCACCAUCAACUGAAUGCCACUCUAACAGAAAUGCAAACCCAUCGCAGCAGUUGGCAACCGUGGUUCUCAAAAACACUGAACUCCAUUCAGGAGAAAGUUGUUACAAGGCGUGAUGUGAAUGCCCCAAUACCCACGUUCCAGUCGUACACCGACCCGAGCGUAAAACUGCGUGAUCAUUCCCAAACUUUCCCCGCGCAAGCCCAAUUGCGGAACAAGCUGAAUCAGCGUCACACUUUGGCACAGGUGCCAUUCGAAGCCGCUGGAGGAAUCGGAGAUGCAAGACACGUUGGUGUUGGCGGACAAGCUAACGAGAACGUUCUAUUUCAGGAUUCCGUACAAAGGUGCAACAGUCUGAAGUAAAUCCAGCCAGCAGUGAGACUGCAUUUCCCAAAUCGAAGAACACUUAACAAAAGUACUAUUAUUAAUACAACACUCACACACACACACACACACACACACACACACACAUAGCAGUAAAUGCCAUGCCCUUUAUCUAGUUUGUUUUAUACAAAAACGGCGCGAGACUUGCUGACUUCAUCGCUUAGCGCUCGGGUUUCAUGACUUUUUUGUUGAGAACAAAUCUUAGGCUGUUGUGAAGGGAAUCCAAAUUUUCCUUGGAUUAGAAAUCCUCUCUAUGAAUCAAAGGAUGGAUAGCUUCAAUCGAUUGAUUUGCGUACUUCAUCAGACUGUGCUUCAUUUUUGAUGUCAUUUACCUAUCAUAUCUCUCUAUCGUAUAACCCAAGUUGUAUUACAUUGUUAGUGUUAGAAUACCUACUGUAGAUUGAUUUUUUUAUUGGUUUUGUUAUAAAAGCACCUACGAUAAAAGUAAAAAUCUUUAGUACCGAUUAGCUUAUCUAAAUAACUAAUACCUUCAGAAGAAGAUUGCAUUUUUUCGAAUUACAAACGAUACAUCCUGUGAGUAGAAACUAGAUUUUGUAGAACAAACGCUUCAAACCGAAUUAUUUAAUUUUUGCCAUUGUUAUCAAAUCGGCCCAACACCUGUUUUCCUUUUAUGCGUCAAUCGGCCCUAUCUGCAAUGGUUACCGAUAAGAUGCGCAUUGUGACGAAGCUAGUUCAAGCAAACCUGAGAGGGUCAAUUGAUGCUCGGUAUCAUGAUACUAUCAGAAAUCCUUACUCAAAUAAUCGAAGCAAACAGUAACACUUAUGAGUAAUCUCUCUGUAAUUAUCUUUGUUCGAUAUAUAGCAUGCAUAGCAUCAAUAAAAAAUACAAGCGACGUAUACACUGAUACUCUUA